AUGACUAUCGAUGGAGUGACGCCGCAACUCGACCGGACCGACUCAGAGUCCGGAUACAAUGAGAAGAAGCUGGACCAUGACACCGCACCUCAGUAUCAAGAUGCUUUUGGAAAUGAGGAGGGCGCAGAGGUCAAAUACAAGACUAUGAAGUGGUGGCAGACAGGAAUGUUCAUGAUUGCCGAAUCUGUCUCGCUCGGUGUGUUGUCACUGCCAGCCACCUUGGCCGAACUUGGUCUCGCACCUGCUCUCGUCCUCAUCAUCGGUCUGGGCCUCCUUGCCACAUACACCGGUUACACAAUUCACCAAUUCCGCGCGCGGUACCCUCAUAUUCAAAACCUGGGCGAUGCAGGCGAGAUUUUGUUUGGCGCGUUUGGACGCGAGCUAUUUGGUCUUGGACAGCUUCUCUUCUCUAUCUUCAUCAUGGGUAGUCAUAUCCUGACUUUCAGUGUGAUGAUGAACACUGUUACCGAGCACGGAACUUGCACCAUGGUAUUCACAACAGUUGGAUUCGUGAUCUGCUUCGUUUGCUCUCUGCCCCGUACCAUGAAGAACAUGACAUACAUUUCGUGCAUGUCCUUCUUCAGUAUCUUGACUGCUGUCAUCAUCACAAUGAUUGCUGUCGGUGUUCAAAACCAGGGUGGUGUUAACCUCAAGGCGACAAUUGACACGGAUCUCUUCCGUGCAUUCAGCGCUGUCACCAACAUUGUGUUCGCUUACUGUGCCCAUGUUGCCUUCUUCGGUCUUCUCGCCGAGAUGGAGGAGCCUCGCGACUUCCCCAAGGCUCUGAUCAUGCUUCAGACCUUCGAGAUUGUCUUCUACACUGUCGCUGCAGUGGUUAUCUACUACUACGUUGGCCAGGAGGUGACAUCCCCUGCUCUCGGCUCUGCCGGUCCUGUCCUGAAGAAGGUUGCCUACGGAAUUGCGAUCCCAACAAUCAUUGGUGCUGGUGUCGUCAACGGCCACAUUGGUCUCAAGUACAUCUAUGUGCGCUUGUUCCGCGGUACCGACCGCAUGCACAAGCGUGACGCAGUUGCCAUUGGCUCCUGGGUCGGCAUUGCUCUUACCUGCUGGAUCAUCGCCUGGAUCAUUGCCGAUGCGAUUCCCGUGUUCAGCGACCUGCUGAGUCUGAUCAGUUCCCUGUUCGCCAGUUGGUUCAGUUACGGUCUUGGUGGUGUGUACUGGCUGCACAUCAACAAGGGCAAGUGGUUCUCUUCUCCCCGAAAGAUCGCACUUACCAUCGUGAAUGUUUUGAUCAUUCUGAUUGGCGGUGUCAUGUGUGGUCUUGGUCUCUACGUCUCCGGCAAGGCUAUCCACGACGAUGCCUCUAGCAACAGCUUCUCGUGUGCAAGCAACGCCGAGGUCUGA